AUCCGAGCAACCCGCCUUCUUAAAAAUAAAAGAUACGAUGUUCCGUGUUAUUGAGUAGUUUGAACCGACAGAAUUUAAAAAAGCCCAAGAAAGGAAGUUUUGAAUACCAAAUCUUACCUCGUUGGUGGAGAUUGAGAUCCGUGAUCUUCGCUUUGCUUACGGCACCUUACUUUGAUUUGAUCACUUCUUGUACUGAACUGUUGCCUCCUCCUCUGCCGCUCAAACAUUCAAUUCUCCAUUUCUUUUUUAAAUUUAUGUGUUAUCUCUAAUGCUCAGACUCUUUAAUUUGACUAAUACUUAAUAUUUGUUUCUUUCCACAAGAUAUAUAUAUAUAUAUUUACUCACUCAAACAAUUUUAUUUAUUUACUUAUUUUUAUAAUUAGGGAGAAAAUGAUCUUGUAUAACCACAAAGUUACUUUGUACUGAAAAAUGUCAUGUUAUUGGAAUGCACAAAAGUUCAAUUUGUGGAGUAGGCUGUUAUCACUUUUGGAUCUCACGCAAUUGCAUGGCUUUAACAAUUCUCAAAAUAUUACCUUAAAAACAUCCACAUGAGUUUGGUGACAGAAAGUUUUCAUUCUUUUUUCUCCUACAGUCCUUAUACUCCAUAUCAUUCAUGAGUUCUCUGAGAUUUUGCCAUCGCAUUCAUCAGAUUUUGAAAUCAUUCUCAGUCUAAAUAGUGGUUUUCAUUAUUAUCACUUAAUUUAUUGUCAUAUGCACUAGGAAUUCUUCCCUUUGGUAAACGAUUUCUUGUGAGGAGGGUUAUGGGCCUUGUAGAUUCUUUGUUGGGAAAUGAGAGUAGAAGGUUUAUCAAGAGAAAAGAUAGUGAUGCGGGUGAAGCAGGUAGAGCAUUGGAAGAACUCAGAGGUUCUCUCUACAAUGAGCUUCGAACAUCAGAAGGAGCAAAGCGUCAACAACAACGAUUCUGUGGUCCAGUUGUGGCAAUGACCUUCAAUUUCAUGGUUGCGGUUGGAAUAAUAUUGGGAAACAAACUUGUUAUGGGCAGAGUUGGAUUUAAUUUUCCAAUUUUCCUAACUUUUAUUCACUACUGUUGUGCUUGGAUACUACUUGCCAUCUUCAAGGCUUUGUCAUUGCUUCCAGCUUCUCCUCCCACUAAAUCAACGCCAUUUUCUUCACUGUUUUCUUUGGGUGUUGUGAUGGCUUUUGCCUCUGGUCUUGCCAAUGCAAGUCUGAAGCAUAACAGUGUGGGUUUUUAUCAGAUGGCUAAAAUUGCUGUUACUCCAACCAUUGUCAUUGCAGAGUUCUUUCUUUUCAAGAAAACCGUAUCUCUUCACAAAGUUGUGGCAUUGGCUGUCGUGUCAGUAGGCAUUGCAGUUGCAACUGUCACGGACUUGGAAUUUAAUUUAUUUGGGGCUUGUAUAGCAAUAGCAUGGAUUGUUCCAAGCGGUGUAAAUAAAAUUCUUUGGUCAAGUCUCCAGAAACAAACCAAUUGGACUGCUCUCGCGUUGAUGUGGAGGACAACCCCAGUGACAAUUUUCUUCUUGGUAGCUCUGAUGCCUUGGUUAGAUCCUCCUGGAGUGCUAUCCUUCAAAUGGGAUGUCCAUAAUACGACUGCUAUUCUAAUUUCAGCUUUACUUGGUUUUCUCUUGCAAUGGUCUGGAGCUUUAGCACUUGGAGCUACAUCAGCGACAUCACACGUUGUUUUAGGACAAUUCAAGACUUGUGUGAUCCUACUAGGAGGAUAUUUCCUGUUUGGUUCAGAUCCAGGGUGGAUAAGUAUUUGUGGCGCCAUUACAGCUCUUGGUGGAAUGACAGUUUAUACGUCCCUUAGCAUAAAGGAAUCAAGAGAAAAGGCGAGUGACCAGCUCCCGAAGCACAGCUUACCUCCUCAAAAACUCAAGAGUACUGAAGAUGAUAACUCCAAAUACUCACCCUCAGAACACAAUCCAAGUGUCGUCUGAGCUGCAUUUCUUCCGCUCUUUAUUUCAUCCUGUUUCCUUUUCUUUUUUUUGUAGGUACAGAAGUUAGAUCUAAUUUGGGACUCACUUUAAUCUAUGGAACAUCAUAAUGUAAAUUUCUGCAUUGCAAAACGUUGCAACACACAAGCAUCAUGUUAAUUGAAGAAAAUGCUUCAGGAUUA